AUGUGCGACCAAAUCCCAAAAUGGAACGUCGUCCACAAACUCGAGAAAAAGAAACUGCUGAUCGGCAUCAACAGCGUCGCCGCGCUCUCCAUCCUCUUCUUCGGCUAUGACCAGGGCAUGAUGGCCGGCGUGAACAACUCCAAAGACUACAUCGAGCUGAUGGGCUUCGGCUACACCGAGAUGGUGGACGGACACCCGUCGCCCGUCGUCACGGAUAGUCUGCUGCAAGGGGGCAUCGUGUCGGUGUAUUAUCUGGGCACGCUGUGUGGCGCUUUCAUGGGCGGUUGGAUCGGGGAUCGCGUGGGGAGAAUCAGGACUAUUGCGGCGGGUGCGGUGUGGGCGACGCUGGGGGCGGCGUUGCAGUGUUCGGCGCAGAACCAUAAUUGGAUGAUUUGUUGUAGGUUUUUCUGGGACUUUUUGAUGGAUAAAUGGAUGGCUGAUGAGAAGAAUGUCUAG